UUUCGAGUGAGAAUGUGAGAGGAUGAGCAAAAUGGCUGCGUCCGUUAAUUGUUUAUCUCACAUUUGUUUACUCAUGCUCACAGCGCAGUCAAAACAAAAGUUCGGAAAGAAAAGCAGAUCAAUGAAAGCGUGUAAAGUUUUGUUUCAUUCAUAAAUUUAAUUUAAUCAUCAAACCCCGUUGCACGAUGGUUGAGGAAACUGUUCCCGUGGCUAAAACUAAGACGAAAACAGCACGACCGAAACCUGUUUACCUUUGGACGGUGGCGGAUACCUUGAAGUGGCUCCGAAGGCACUGCAGUGAACAAUCGGGCAAAUAUAGCGACCUGUUUCAAAAGCACGAAAUCACGGGCCGAGCGUUGCUCAGGAUCACCGACGAUUCCCUCGGCCGGAUGGGCAUUGACGACAACAAAGACCGUGAGGACAUCCUACGGGAAAUUAUCAAACAGCGACUGAAAACCGACAUUAUGGAGAUUCGUGAUAUGGAACUGAUGAACAACGUGUACGAAAACUGUUACUAGAAAUAUAGCGGGCUUUUUUAUUCUUUUAUAUUUCAUUCAGAUGUGUCAAAUGUUAUAUCUAAUGUAAUUCAGCAAACUAUUGUUAAAUUCAAGCCUGUUGCUAAUGUACAGCAAUAAAUUAAAUAAAUUAUAAACUCGUGAAAAAGAAAAAC